UCAGUCUGCACCGUGCUGCUCUGUGGAGGCUGCUUAAACGGACCAUCAUCACUUCUUUUCUUCUCGUGGAGGUGGAAUGAAAUGAAAUGACCUUUGCCUCUCCCUCUCUCUCUGGAUGGAUACGCGCUGUUGUUGAAGGUGACAUUGCUGUCUGGAAGCUGAACUUCAGCAGUCCUGAGUAGACGCACAGUCUCUGGGCUCCAUAGUGGUGAAGCUCUGUAAAGCCAUUCCCGUGUUUCAUCGAGACCUCAGGACACACCCACACACACAUUGAUGUCCAGCCUCUCCUCACUACAGUAGACCUGCAGACCUCUAAUCUCUAAAAGAUUGAUGAGGUCCCGUUAAAGCGCAGGAGGCCUGGCAGAGCGUCGAUAAGGCAGCUUCAAUUUCACCACAUUGGUCCCCUCGCUCCCUCUAUUCUUCUCCUCUCCUCCUCCAUGCUGAGGGAUGCCGGAUCUGGCUUUAAAGCGUGAGAGAGGAUUAUGACUCGCCAAGAGAAGGGCAGGAAAAAAAGGAAUCAUGAAAUGCAACGGAAUCGACAGCUCUGUUUUCUUCCAUUGCUCCACGUUGGACAGCCGCGUGGUAGCCGAGCAGGAUGCCAGGGUCGGCGUGUCACUGUCAAACUGCUGGAGCUGGAAUAAAGUUAAACUACAGAGGGACAGCUGAGAGUUGCUAAACAUCACACAUCUGCACACACACGAAAAACAAAACUAAAAACACUUGGAGCGGUCCACACAGAAAAAUGUGCAACAUCUCAUUCUGUGAUGUGGACAGUAAGGUGGACCAGUUUUUCCAGCCAACGCUCUACAUCAUCGUCAUCGUUCUGGGUCUGCCCACCAACUGCAUGGCCCUGUGGGCUGCCUACAGGCAGGUACGUCAACGCAAUGAGCUUGGCAUCUACCUGAUUAACCUGUCAGUGGCUGACCUCCUCUACAUCGCCACCCUUCCUCUGUGGAUCGACUACUUCUUGCAGCACGAUGACUGGAUCCACGGUCAGGAGAGCUGCAAGCUGUUCGGCUUCAUCUUCUACACUAAUAUCUAUGUCAGCAUCGCCUUCCUCUGCUGUAUAUCGCUGGACAGGUACCUGGCCGUGGCAUAUCCUCUGCGCUUCGCCAAGGUGCGACGAAUCAAAACAGCUGUCCUGGUCAGCGCCAUGGUGUGGAUAAUUGAGAUCAUAGCCAACUCAGCGCCCCUCUUCCACGAUGAGCUCUUCCAGGAUCGCUUCAACCACACCUUCUGCUUUGAGAAGUAUCCCAUGCAGGACUGGGUGGCAGGGAUGAACCUCUACAGGACAUUUUUGGGCUUCCUGGCUCCUUGGACAGCCAUGCUUGUGGCCUACCGUGGGAUCUUGGUGGCGGUGCGCUGCAACGUCUCAACAGAGCGCCAGGAAAAGGCCAAAAUUCAGCGUCUGGCGCUAAGUCUCAUCUUGAUCGUUUUGCUCUGCUUCGGACCGUACCACAUCCUCCUCCUGGUGCGGAGUGUCAUGUUUCUAAGGAAGCCGUGUGACUGUGGCUCAGAGGAGAACCUGUUUGCAGCGUACCACGUAUCGCUGGCUCUGACAAGCCUCAACUGCGUUGCCGACCCCAUCUUGUACUGUUUCGUCAACGAGGGGGCAAGGCAUGACGUGGGUCAAGCCCUCUCGGCUUUGCUUUCAGCAGCUUGCAAGAGGGUCUCCUCUUCCUCACCGUCGCACGGCGACUUGCUCAACGCCGGCUCAGUGACUGUGGAUACGCCGCUGUCAACCAAGAAGCAGUCUUGUGUGUACGCUGAUGGAGCCAAGACAAGCAGCUACAAGACAGAACUGGUGGCUCUGAAGGAGGAGUGUCUACAGAUGACCAUCCUCGGUGUUAGGAAGUGACUUCAACCUGAGACAAGCAACACCUAUUGUCUGUUGCCACAUUGGAAGACCCAGUGAGAUUUGUUGUUGGGCAAAUUACUCGGAUGAGUUUGUCCCUCGAGGACAGGUCAUGUUGUAAACCUAAAGGGAAUAUCUGUUCUACAGCGUGGUUCUUUGUUGUGAAUUUAAUAUUACAUUCAUGAUUUCAACAAACCAAGCUUUAUUUUGUCAGCCUGUCAUCUGCAACGCAUGCUUACAUCAGCACGUCGACAUGCUGUAUUAUCAUUAAUCCCAAUGUGAAAGUGAAGCUGACAAAGAGUCCGGGGUUAGUUCUUACAGGUAUCUUCAGGGAGUGUUGGACUAGAGGGAAUUUUGAAAUGCCUGUAGCGCUACAUAUGAAGGUUAGGGGAUUGCCAAACUCCUCAGGAUUCAGCCUCAGAGGACCAUAAAUGUCUCCACCAAAUGUCCUCCAAUUCCGCCCAGUUGAGGUUCUAUAUCUGGACCUAAGUGUAGAUCGAAAGACCAGUUUAAGUCCCUCCAGUCAUCCCACCGGUGAUGCUAAAACAUCUUAUUAAGCACUACUUGCACAACUAACCGCAGGAAUGAUUCACAAUGCCUGUGAAGACGUUCUUUAAUGGUGAAUUGGAAUUAUUUAAACGCUCCACAUUCUGCAUAUUGAGUAUUGUUCUGAGAGAGAGAGAGACCAUAGGGAAGCUCAACUAGACAAGUUGCAGAUGUAAAAGUUUUUGACAGACAAAUGAAGCACGUGGUUUUAUGGAAGAACAGCAGAAGGGUAAAAAAUACAUUACUUAGUAAAGCCUUAUGAAGUACCUCAGCUUCUAAACUGUGACAGCAAGAAGUCUUAUAGUAGAAGUAUUUCUUAUGUAAUGUGAGCAAUGUUCUUUCGAUUUAAAUUUCUUCGGGGAGCAAAAUUCAUCAGAUCUAAGAUGGAUUCACAACCAAAGUUUUCAUUUAGCUUGGAUUGAAAGUCAAAUAUAUCAGUUAUUGCUGUCACAUUUUGUUGGCAGUACCUUAAAGCGGAAAAACAGCCUUGACUGAAACUGUGUUCCCCCAGAACCAUCAGUCAAUCUCCUUCAUCCUAAACAACAUGCUUGGGCUUCAGUAAACACUGCCCACACUUGACCUGAUACUGUUUGCAUUCCUUUAAAUUGUAACUUUAACCUCCCCAAACUUUGUGAUCCAUUUACAGCCAACUGUCUUUUGUAAUUUAUUUCUCAUCACUCAGGUUGCACAACAACCAACUCAAUCAGUUUUGUGUUUAAGACAAAUUUCUCUGUAUAGCAAAAGUGUGAUGAGGAAAUCAAGGGUACUUCACUGGAUAACCACGUAAAAUAAUCUACAGAGAAUGAAAAAAAGUGUGUAGGUAUGUUUUUGUAGAUAAAGCUGAUAUUGUUAUAAAUAUGACCAUUGUGAUCCAACCAUGAGCUACAAUAUAUAUAUUUCCAAGUCCUGAUGUCAAGUGAGGGGUGUCAGGCCUGAAAAAAACAUAAAACUGUCCUGUGUUGGCAGCUUGUUUGAACAUAGGGACCAAACCUUGUCUUUUUUAUCACUCAACGAUUCCCAAUCUAAUGUCCGCUUCUACGAGUGAGCGUUGAAUACAGUGUCAUUGCAUACUGGACACAGUUGUCAGAGCGGAUGCAUUUUUAACUUAUAAAGUCAAAUUCAGGUGCUCUUCAGUUCCAAUUCUCUCCAUUGCUUUUUGUGUCCUUAGUGUUGAGUAUUAAGGAUAAAUCAACUUUUUGCCUACAUCAUAAUUUUAUGUGGAUUGACAGCGUGUUCAUGUUGCAGAUUUGCUGCCCUAAAUCUCAGUUUUGAAUAGUUAGAAAUGCUGUGGAAAGUGACUACGUGAUCCCCUGCAACACUUCUUCGGCAUGAAAGCACUGCUGUACUCAGCGCAAUGAUGUUGAGGCGGGGGGGAUUUUCUGUACACUUUCGUUUGUCCACG